AGUAGAUAUGUACAAAAUCAAUCUGCACAUAAAUAAAAGCAGCUGUGUUCAGUUCAUGCAUUGACACAUAAAAAAAUCCUUACAGCUUCACACAUAUAAGUUCUGAUUUUUCAACUUAUUUGUUGAAAAUGGAUUUACUCUCUCCAAAAUCAGUAGAUGAAGUGGUGGCUGAAAUUACAAGAAUUCACAAAUCGUUGCCUGAGAGACCUGGAAUUGAAGAAGUUGAAGCCGCCACGGCAUUGAUUCGAAACGUUGAAGCUGAUGAUCAGGCGAGAUUUGAUGCCAUUGCGAAACAAACCAAGAAUCAUGAAGUCCCGGAUGAGCUUUUCUCGAUUUUGCAGGAGAUGCGGAAGAAUUUAGUCAUUUUUCGGAGCAAAGAACAGAGGAGAGAAGCUGUUAGGCUUUUAGAUCUUGAGAAUUUGUACCAGGAAUUUGAUGAGAUGAUUCAGAGAGCUUCGAGGUGUGUUGCUUCACCAAUGGGGUCGAAUUCGCAGGCUACUGCUUCGAAUUUGUCUAAUAAUUCGUAUGAUUCUCCGGUGAAUGGGGCGAAUACGACGAAGAAGGUGUCUUCUGGUUUGGUUUAUGAGAAGGAUGCUGUGAAAGCUUCUGCGGAGUUGUUUACUAGGGAUGAUAGUUAUGUGAAGAAGGCUAAGCCCACAUUUUCGAGUGAGGGAAUUGUCGGUGCAAGGCGAUCUGGGGAUGUUUUAGGUCCUCAGAUUGUGGAUUCUACUUUAAGAUCAGUAAAGAUCUCAGGUCAAGAUGGGGAAAAAUUGAGUCUUAUAAAGCUUGCCAGUUUAAUUGAAGUAUCUGCCAAGAAGGGGACAAAGGAGCUUAAUCUUCAGGGUAAAUUGAUGGAACAAAUUGAGUGGCUUCCGGAUUCAAUUGGGAAGCUCUCUGGUUUGAUCACAUUGGAUUUGUCGGAAAACAGGAUUGGGGCUUUACCAUCCACGAUAGGAGGGCUCUCUUCUUUGACAAAGUUGGAUUUGCACUCAAACAAGCUUGUUGAAAUCCCGGAGACUCUUGGAGAUAUUCAUAGUUUGGUUUUUCUUGAUUUGAGGGGGAAUCAGUUGGCAUCAUUGCCUGCUACAAUUGGUAAAUUGGUGAGACUUCAGGAUCUUGAUUUAAGUUCAAACCUUCUUCCUUUGCUUCCUGAGUCAAUUGGGUCACUUGUUAGUCUCAAGACAUUGAAUAUUGAGACAAACAAUAUUGAAGAACUUCCCCAUACUAUUGCUCAGUGUUCCUCUCUUAAGGAGCUCCGUGCAGAUUAUAAUCGGCUUAAAGCCCUUCCUGAAGCUGUCGGACGCAUUGAAUCUCUUGAAGUAUUAUCUGUGCGCUAUAAUAAUAUUAGCAAAUUGCCUACUACGAUGGCAUCUUUGUCCAACUUGAAGGAGCUUGAUAUAAGUUUCAAUGAGGUAGGCUCAGUACCGGAGAGCUUAUGUUUUGCGACCACUUUAGUAAAGAUGGACAUAAGCAACAAUUUUGCAGAUCUACAGUACUUGCCAAGGUCCAUAGGAAAUCUUGAGAUGCUGGAAGAGUUGAAUAUGAGCAAUAACCAGAUAAGAAUCCUUCCAGAUUCCUUUAAGCUGCUGUCAAAAUUACGUGUCCUAAAUGUGGAAGGGAACCCUCUGGAAGAGCCACCAAGAAGUGUUACUGACAUGGGGGCUCAGGCUGUUGUUCAGUACAUGGCUGAACUUGCCGCGAAGAGAGAUGUCAAGGCACCACCCGUCAAGGAGAAAAAGUCCUGGGCUUCGAUAUGCUUCUUUUCAAAGUCUAACAAAAGGAAGCGCAAUGGCAUGGAGUAUGUUAAAACCUGAGUUUCAGCUAAGCAGACGAAACAGACGAUACAAUGCUCCUAGGAACUUGGGUGGCACUUACGUGGAAGAAAAUGUAGAUCUUGCGGAGCUGGUGCUUGCCUAAGAUGUCGGUCUGAGUCAGAUAUGGUUCUUAUUCUGCGCUUGCAGGAUCGUAGAUUUUUCUUCUCUUUUUUUCCCAGGGCAAUUUCCCUAUUGCUUUCAUGUAUUUAAGUUUUCAGAACAAAUGAGAUGUAAAUUGUCACAAACCGGCAAAGUUACAGAGGGCAAUGUUUGCUGCAUCUCAGCACCAUCAUAAUCUAAUAAUCUUGAGUUUAUGUUUA